UUCAGAUCAGGAGAUGGAAGUACCUCUGCUUACAGAAAAUACGCAUGAGUCGAAUAGGGCCUUCCCAACAUGGGAUUUAAUUGGGCCAGAAAUGAAGAGGAUUUGCUAUCUUGCAAUUCCAUUGGGGGUAGCAUCUGUGUCACAGUACCUAAUGCGGGUAACAGCGAUGAUGAUGGUUGGCCAUCUCAGUGAACUCCAACUCGCUGGCACUUCCAUCGCUACUUCCAUCACCAAUGUCACCGGCUUUAGCCUAUUGUUUGGAAUGUCUACUGCCCUGGAAACUCUGUGUGGCCAAGCUUAUGGAGCAAGGGUUUACCACAAAUUGGGAAUUUAUACUAAUGCCGCCAUCGUAUCUCUGGUCUUGGCCUGCAUUCCAAUUUCUAUAUUAUGGAUCUUCAUUGAAAAACUACUUGUAUUGAUGGGUCAAGACCCUAUGAUUUCUGCUGAAGCCGGAAGAUAUGCAAUUUGGCUGAUUCCAACUCUGUUUCCAAGUGCUAUUCUUCAAGCACUGGUUCGAUACUUGCAGUCUCAGAGCUUGAUCUACCCAAUGCUAUUAAGCUCAGUAGCAGCUUUACUCUUCCAUGUUCCCGUUUGUUGGGCUUUAGUGUUUUACUUCAAAUUAGGAAAUGCUGGAGCUGCUUUGGCGAUCGGAUUAUCUUACUGGUUCAAUGUUAUACUACUAUUAAUGUAUGUCAUGUCUGCAGCAGCCUUUGAGAAGACCCGAAUCCAUUUCUCGAAAGAUGUUUUCUUAAGUACAUGGGAAUUCUUCAAACUUGCGGUUCCUUCUGCUGUUAUGGUCUGUCUUCAAUGGUGGACAUAUGAGAUUGUGAUCCUACUUUCUGGACUUUUACCCAAUCCUCAACUCGAGACUUCAGUGCAAUCAAUCUGUCUCCUCAUUGCUUCAUUGCAUUACUACGUACCGUACUCCUUUGGCGCUGCUGCAAGCACUCGAGUUUCCAACGAGCUCGGUGCCGGGAAUCCAAGCGCAGCAACAAUGGCGGUCCUGGCUGCGAUUACAAUUUCGAUGGCGGAAGUGAUCAUCGCAUCUGGAGUUCUAUUUGGCUGCCGCAAUAUUCUGGGAUAUGCAUUCAGCGACGAGAUAGAAGUGGUGAACUAUCUGAUGAAAAUGUCUCCUUUGAUUUGCCUUAUGCUUAUAAUGGAUGCCAUUCAAAGAGUUCUUUCCGGAGUUGCAAGAGGAUGCGGAUGGCAGCAAAUAGGAGCGUAUGUGAAUUUUGGGGCGUAUUAUUUGGUGGGAAUCCCGCUGGCCAUUGUGUUGGGUUUCGUGAUUCACUUGAAGGGGCCUGGGCUAUGGAUUGGACUAAAUGCAGGAUCAGUUGUGCAAACUACUAUAUAUGGUCUGGUUACAUGUUUCACUAAUUGGGAAAAACAGGCCAAUUCUGCUCGUGCUAGAGUAUUUGGUGCAGUUAGCCCAACAGACGAUGAAUCCAAAUUAGUACCUUGA